UGUAAUAAUACCACAUUUUUUUUUUUAAUAUGUGGAAUAUUAUUAUAGAAUCUAAUGACCAGUUGUCCCAUCCUCUCUCCUAUAUAGAAAGCAAAGAAGCGCUUUUGCCAAACAUCACAACAACCCAAACAAAACAAACUAAAGUCUGUUUUGUCUCUAUUUUGGUUAUUUUUGUCGUCUUCCUGUCCCUUAAAACGCAGCGUUUUCCGGCGAAACAAACCAAUUUACUCACACCCACACAACGAGACCAAACAAAAAGUAAAAAAGGGGUUAGUGGAAGAACAUUACGUUACCCGAAAAGUCUCCGUCUCCGCCGCCGCCAUUGAUGGCGCAAGCUCUAGCUCCGCCGCCGGUGAUCAUCGCCGCCGCUGUACCGGAGCCGCCAUUGAGGCCGCCGAACCCAUUUCAAUACAUGGCGGGUCUCCUCGGCCGGAUCGGAAAAGCCGACGAGAAAGACAGCCCGCAAAGUCCUCGGAGUCCGCGAAGUCCGAACAGCAAUGUGCUGAUGAACAAGUACGAGAUCGGAAAGCUUCUCGGCCAUGGAACCUUCGCCAAGGUUUACCUCGCAAGAAAAAUCGCGACAGGAGAAGACGUCGCCAUUAAAGUAAUCGACAAGGAGAAGAUCAUGAAAAGCGGUUUGGUCGCUCACAUCAAGCGAGAGAUCUCGAUCCUCCGUCGCGUUCGCCACCCGAACAUCGUCCAUCUCUUCGAGGUCAUGGCUACGAAAACGAAGAUUUACUUCGUGAUGGAAUACGUUCGAGGCGGUGAGUUGUUCAGCAAGGUAGCGAAAGGGCGAUUACCUGAGCAAACCGCGAGGCGAUAUUUUCAGCAAUUGAUCUCUGCUGUAUCGUUUUGUCACAGCCGAGGAGUUUACCACCGCGAUCUCAAGCCGGAGAAUCUGCUCCUCGACGAGAAAGGGAACCUCAAAGUCUCGGACUUUGGCCUGAGUGCCGUGGCCGAGCAGCUCCGGCAAGACGGGCUUUGCCACACGUUUUGCGGGACGCCGGCUUAUCUCGCACCUGAGGUUCUGACACGGAGAGGUUAUGAUGCGGCGAAAGCCGAUAUCUGGUCAUGUGGAGUGAUCUUGUUCGUGUUGAUGGCUGGUCACUUGCCGUUUUACGACAAGAACGUCAUGUCCAUGUAUAAGAAGAUCUACAAAGGCGAGUUUCGGUGUCCGAGAUGGUUCUCCUCGGAGCUCGUAAGGCUCUUGAUGAGGCUCCUGGACACGAAUCCCGAAACACGAAUCACCCUUCCUGAAAUCACAAAGAACAGAUGGUUCAAGAAAGGGUUUAAACAUGUUAAAUUCUAUAUUGAAGAUGAUAAGCUUUGUAGAGAAGAUGGAGAUGAUGAAGAUUCGUUGGUUGAUUCGUCCUCCGGAAGAUCCUCGACUGCCUCAGAGGCCGACGCGGAGUUUGAGACGAAAAGGGUCGGGUCAAUGCCGAGACCCGUGAGUCUAAACGCGUUCGAUAUAAUAUCGUUCUCAUCGGGAUUCGAUCUUUCGGGCUUGUUCGAGGAAGGAGGGGAAGGGGCGAGGUUCAUCUCGGGUGCACCUGUCUCAAAAAUCGUAACGAAACUCGAAGAGAUAGCGAGAGUUGUGAGCUUUACCGUGAGGAAGAAGGACUAUAGGGUGAGUCUAGAAGGCUCUAGAGAAGGCGUGAAAGGGCCAUUGACGAUCGCUGCCGAGAUUUUCGAGCUGACGCCGGAUUUGGUGGUUGUGGAGGUGAAGAAGAAAGGAGGGGACAGACAAGAGUACGAGGACUUCUGCAACAAAGAACUGAGACCACGACUGGAGAGUCUGAUGAAUGAAGAAGCAAAAGGUGAAGAUGAAGAGAAGAUGUAUUUGCCGUCGGAUUCGGAAUAGAAACCUGAAAAAAACAAAGAGGAAGGUUGAGAGACAAGAACAUACAAAAACGGUACUGAACCAUUAUGAUAUGAUAUUCUUUAUUAGUUCGUUUUCUUCUUCGCUUAUUUUUUCGUAUGCUUCAUUCUAUGUAUUCAUAACUCGAGUGUUCUAAGAUUACAGUAUGUGUAUGCAAAUGUUAUUGAAAAAAGAGUGAUAGGGAAGAUCAACAGAAUGAAGAAUAGAGUGAGAGAGAUCUAUGGUAAUCAUCAGUUUUUGCUGGCGAUUCUACAGCCAGUUUUCCGGCGAUUGCUAGUUAUAUAUGUACAUACAUGUAAAAAUGACGAGCUUAAUCGAAUUCU